UUACUUUGUUGUGCUCCUGUUCUUAAUAAAUAAGAUUGAAAUAGUAAAAAAAAAUUGCUCUUACAAAACAAUAGAAACUAAACAAAAAUUUUUACAUUAAAAUUAGUAUUUAUUAAUAUUUAAAAACAUGACUGCAGUAGAACGUUUCGAUGUAGAAAAAGUAGCGAAAAUAUUCCAAGAUUGCCUGCAUGAAUCUGACGAUGUGCUUUUGGAUUCUUAUUUAGAGGCUUAUGAAGAAAUCAAUAAAUUUUUUCAUUUAAUGGGAUCCGUGUUCGGAUUUGUUAGUAGUGAUGUACGUAGUAAAAUCGAUAUACUCUGUGAAUAUAGACGACAGGAGACAACAGGUGAACGCUUCUUGACCAUUAAAACUAUGAUAACUUAUGAAAAAGAAGAGCAACUGCUUAAGGAUAACAAUUAUGUCUCAGGCUCACGAACGCUACUACGACUGCAUAGAGGUUUGGAGUUUAUAUACGAAUUCCUCAAGAGAUUGUCUGAAUUGAAUGAAUGUGAUAAGACGCAUGGCUGUUGCAAGAGUGCUUACAAUGACACGUUAGCGAAACAUCAUCCAUGGGUGGUGCGAAAAGGUGCUGUCGUUGCAAUGUAUGCCCUGCCAACGCAAGGCGAAUUGCUAAAACGUGUUUGUAUAAAUGUUUCCCGUGCGAUAGAGGUACUACCUGAAAUGCUACAGCAUACAAAAUCGGUAUACGAUCGUGUUGAAUUACUUUAUACUGCUCACGACUUGCACGCAUUACCCUAAAGUAUUCAAAUAUCUGUAAGCUAAGCUAAUAGGUAUAUUAAAGUUGUGUGAAGUUAAAUAGAGCAUUCCACAUGAAGUUUAA